GGCCACGGGGAAGGGGGCGGGGCUUAUGGGCAGGCACAUGCAACUCAGCCCCGCCCCCGUGCGAGAGACAGACAGGCAUCAAAGGCAAUAAGGGGCGUGGCCUUUAGGGAGGGGGCGUGGCUUCCGAGGAAAGACCCCCUCAAAAGCUUCCCGCCCACCCAUUGGGUCCCACUCGGUUAGAAGAAGAGGAAGAGGAUGCGGAUGCUGGUGCUGAUGCUCCUGGGGAUGCGGAUCCAGGCCUGCCCAGAAGGCUCCUACCGCGACCCCUCUUCAGGCCUCGAGGACUGCCUCCCCUGCGACGUUUGUGACGAAGGGAGUUCCUAUCUCCGUCCCUGCGGCCCCGAGGCCAACGCCGUCUGCAAAUGCCCCCCCGGAAGAGAGUGCGGGGGCAACACCUGUGUCCGGUGCCACUGUCCGGAGGGUCAGGAGCCCACUAAGGAUGGCGGCUGCCAACGCUGCCCCGAAGGGGAGUUCAGCGACGGGACCUCGGGACCCUGCCGCCCCUGGAGCCGGUGUCCCCCCGGCCACCGGAUCCAGACGCCUGGGAUGGAGGAGAGCGACGUGGUUUGCCAGCCGGAGCCGGAAGGCCCCACAGUGCCCAACUCAGGGAUCCCCACCACUAAGAAAAUGGAGCCCUCCACCCGGCUGCUGCCCAUUGCCUUGCUUGCGGCCGCCCUGCUCUCCUGCCACCUGGUGCUGCUCUUCUUCUGCCGGCUCUGGGUUCAAGGGAAGCCCCAGGAAGGACCCUGCCGCCAACCGGCCCAAGAAGUGGACGACUGCAGCUACUGCUUCCCGGAGGAAGAGGAAGGAGACGGUGGCGGAGAAGGCUUCCUGACCAAGGGGGAGCUGCUGCUGCUGGAGAAAGUCCCAUAACAAGAUCCCCCUCCAUUCAAACCAGGCCUUCCAUGUGUUUUGGACUUCAACUCCCACCAUUCUUAACAGACGGGGAAAAGGAAGGGAAUGGUGGGAGUUGAAGUCAUAAACACCUGGAAGGGCCAAGUGCUUGCUGUAGAAGAAGUGCAAGAGGGGUUGUUUGGCUUCUCUGCUCAGCCCACCUUCCUCCUCUUUGGUGGCACUUGUUCCGCAGGCAGAAAAGGCCACCCUUUCCUCUCCCGCGUGAGCGAGUCGGCUUCGGUGGAAACAUUGGGGUGGGUGACGUUGGCUGUGGUUGCAACGCCGUCCGAUCCCCCGCAGACUGGAAACACUUUGACGCCCGAGGAGCUUCCUUUCUUCCUCCUCCUCCGUCACCGAUACCACUGUUGCCCUUUGAAGAGGCCACUGCGUCCCACGGAGGGUCUCUCUGCCUGCUCAAUGGGAAACUGCUUGUCUUUUAACCGACUGAGCCCCCCAAAAAGGGUGGCACGGCCCUGCGGAAAACAUAACGACAAACGCGUUGUCGGUCCUCAGGUUCCCUCCAGUUGGAGAAAUCCAAUAUUUUCGUCUACCUCGUUUUAAUAAAGUUUCCUUUCCUUC